AUGAUUUUUGGAGAUUAUACAUUUCGCGGAGGGAGACGUCAGUCCGCAGUGGGUGCUCCGCGGAGUGAUGUGCUACCUCCGCGGAAUGUUAUAAACAAAGAAACGCAGGUCUCCGCAAAGGCUAGAGAGGGGAUCCAGGUGGAUUUUGGUGAAACUAAAUAUAUUCUCAUUUGUGGUUUAAAAGUUGGUCCUUAUGUGGAUUUACUCCAUGACGAAAAGGGCCAGUCAAAUUCAAAUAUCCAUGCUCGGUUGUUCCCAGAUAUUUCUGAUGCACGUUUGCGGUUGAAAGAUUUAGAAGACUUGAUUAUGUCCCCGAAUUAUUUGGUACUACAAGAUGAAGAUGAUGUGAUGCUUAUCCAACUUGUUUUUAUGUUGAAGGGUCUACACGAACGAGACGUUAAAACAGGCAUUCCUGCAGCAGUAUACAAGCUUGCUGAUAAUAUAGAUGAUUGGAACAGCUUUGCAUGGGGUACGUAUUUAUGGAAAUAUACUUCGCGUAUGAUGCGUAGAAUGUUUAAGAAAAUAGAAGAUUUUAGACUAUUGAAGCAGGCCAAUCGCGAAUCGAAGAAAGUACACAAAUAUAUUGUUCCCGGUUUUAUGCUUCCAUUUAAGCCUAACAACCAACCUAUUAAUUUCAUGGCAACCCUAGAGGAGCUAAUAUUGCCGUUUUAUGUUCGUUAUGUCAAUUGGACUCUUAACCCUGUAGAGUCUCCCCCACGGCAACAUAGUCAUGUCCGAAAUAGUCCACCUCAUGUUGCCUCGCCUGCUCGAAGAAGGAUGUACAAGUCCGAAAUAGAAACAUGUUCGAAUGAAUCUACCACAAAUUCUUCUUCCUCGAAACAUCUUGAAAUAGAAACAAGUUAUAUGUCAAACGACACAUCUAGAUUGGUAAAGAAGAAGAAGACGAGCACAAAGGCAUUAGUGAAGCGUCUACUAGGUACUCAUGGUUUGGAGGGGGAAUUUGGGCCUACACCUAUGCAUGUUGAGCCGUCAUCGGACGUGGGUGAACAUCACACAAAAGAAAUGACUCCUAUUGUUAGGUCGCAACGAAAGAGGGGUGUUCCAUGGUAUCAGUGGACUCCGUUCAUAGUGUUGCAAUCCACACCAAAAUUGAAGAAAAUCACCAAAGCAAAGAAAAAAAAGUGGUGA